AUGGAGGGGCUAACGGAGCAGCUCGAGCAGCUGCGUGUCAGUGCAGACGACGUGACUGACCCAGACUGGGUAGAUUCGCUUGCGAACGAGCAACGUCCGCUGAAGCGUCAACGUAAGACCAAAGAUGACAUCAAGAAAGAGCUGGAAACCGAAUUCCUCACACCUUCGCGAUCAUUCAACAGCCAAUGGUUGAAUCGUUUGCAACAACGGUGGGAUGCGCCAACCAAUUACCGUGGCCUUUUCGAGAUCGCGCCCACCCAAACCCGCACCAUCAUACGGUUCACUCGCGAAGGACUUGAAGGUCGUGUUACAGGCUACAAAGAAGUUACUGUACCUGCGAACUCGGCUACUGCGAAGAACUCUACGUCACUCUUGAGGAAACCUGCGAACAGGGCAGAGUUUGUACGUGGCGCGGCUGGCUUUUUCCCAUUUGCACCGGGUGGGCUAGACGGCGUGGAAGCAAUCGCGGCCAUCGAAGAUGAAGCUAUCUCUCGCCAGGAAGCUGUUAACGGAAAGCAAUCGAGGGGCCUGGAUCGUAUCAUCAACUUCAGUGCUGAAGGAGGGCUUUUGGAGAUCCCUCCAGGCUUCACGCGUGGACUGGACUUGCAAAAGAAGCCAUCUUCGGAUACCAAGACCGCUAAGGAAGUCGAAGAUACACUUGGUGAGGAACCUAUGCAGUCACCAGCUGAUGCAGCAGAUACCGAGGAACUCGAGGAUGGUCUGAAAGAGCCCAAUGGCGUGCCCAUGCCUGACGAUGGGGCACAAACACCCAGCGAAGAAGAAAUUGAUGCUCUGCUCCCUGUUGAGUUCCCAGCAUUAGCUCCACAUGGCCCCCUAGGAAUGGCUUCCUCAAAGAAAGGUGGCAAAGAAUGGGCUCAUAUGGUGGAUGUGAACCGCGAAAUUACAAAUUUCCACGAGCUGGUGCCUGAUAUGGCUCGUGAAUAUCCCUUUGAGCUCGAUACAUUCCAAAAAGAGGCGGUCUAUCAUUUAGAGCACGGUGACUCGGUCUUUGUCGCGGCUCAUACUUCUGCUGGAAAGACAGUGGUGGCUGAGUAUGCAAUAGCUUUGGCUGCAAAACAUAUGACCAAAGCUAUAUAUACAUCACCGAUCAAAGCUCUCAGUAACCAAAAGUUCCGCGACUUCCGACUCACUUUCGAUGAUGUCGGCAUCUUGACUGGAGACGUGCAAAUCCGCCCAGAGGCCAGCUGCCUGAUUAUGACGACUGAGAUUCUGCGAAGCAUGCUGUACCGAGGUGCUGAUCUUAUAAGAGAUGUUGAGUUUGUCAUUUUCGACGAAGUUCACUAUGUAAACGACCUGGAGCGAGGUGUUGUAUGGGAAGAGGUCAUCAUCAUGCUACCGGAACACGUCACCCUUAUUCUGCUUUCCGCUACGGUUCCCAAUACACACGAAUUCGCGUCUUGGGUAGGAAGAACGAAGAAGAAAAACAUAUACGUCAUUUCCACGCCUAAGCGCCCUAUUCCGCUCGAGCACUAUUUAUGGGCCGGCAAGGGUAUGCACAAAAUUGUAACCGCAGACAAGAAAUUCGUAGAAAGUGGCUGGAAGGAUGCAAACGACAUCCUCUCUGGCAGAGACAAAGUAAGACCACCACCCGCGAACGAAAACCAAGGCGGACGAGGAGGUGGAGGUAGAGGCGACCGAGGUAGAGGUGGCCAAAACCAACGAGGUGGUCGAGGCGGCCAACAAGGGCAGCGAGGCGGCGGUCGAGGUGGCGGACCACCAGCUCAGCGAGGUCGUGGCAACAUCGCACGCACGGGAAGAGGUGGUGGCAGGACAACAGCCGCACAAGACCGGAAUAUCUGGGUCCACCUGAUCCAGCACUUGCGCACCAAGGAUCUCCUUCCAGCCUGUAUCUUCGUGUUCUCGAAGAAGCGGUGCGAGGAAAAUGCCGAUGCUCUGUCAAAUCUGGACUACUGCACCGCUACUGAAAAGAGCGCUAUCCAUAUGAUAGUAGAAAAGUCGCUGGCUCGGCUCAGUCCAGAGGAUCGAGUGCUACCUCAAAUUACUCGCCUCAGAGAAUUACUGAGUCGAGGAAUCGCAGUACACCACGGAGGUAUGCUACCGAUCGUCAAGGAAAUGGUCGAGAUCUUGUUUGCCAGGACACUCGUCAAAGUGCUCUUCGCCACCGAAACAUUUGCUAUGGGUCUUAACUUGCCCACAAGGACAGUCGUAUUUUCUGGGUUCCGCAAACAUGAUGGUCGACAAUUCCGUGAUCUUCUACCAGGAGAAUAUACGCAAAUGGCGGGGCGUGCUGGUAGAAGAGGUCUUGACACCGUGGGUACCGUCAUAAUAUGCGCCCCGGGAGCAGACGAAGCACCGCCUGUUGCACGCCUCAGACAGAUGAUGUUGGGCGAGCCUACCAAAUUGAGGUCCCAAUUCCGGCUCACCUACAACAUGAUGCUCAAUCUUCUUCGCGUGGAGGCGCUCAAGAUCGAAGAGAUGAUCAAGCGAAGUUUCAGCGAAAAUGCUACCCAGGCCCUGUUACCGGAACAUGAGAAGAAGGUCAAGAUUUCUGAGGCCGAUCUUGAAAAGCUAAAGCGCGAACCUUGCAAGGUAUGUGAUAUUGACCUUGAAGCCUGCCACCAAGCUUGCAUGGACUACCAACGCUUGACAAACGAGCUUCAUCUCUCUUUGCUCAACUAUCCCGCUGGAAGAGCGGUGUACGUACAGAAUCGUCUCAUCGUUUUUAAGAAGAACGAUAUUCGAACUGUUGGCAUGCUUCUUCGUGCUGACGACUUACUUCCGUAUCUGGCGCCGUUGGCGAAGUUCUUUCGACCUUUACCGAAGAACAAGAAGGACCUCAUAAUGAAGCGUGCGCUUAUCCCGCUGAGCGACAUGGAAUGCUUUACAGCUACGGUCAUCGAUAUUCCAGAAGGCGUAGACAACCUCUUCAGGAAAAAGGAUGCUCUCAAACUUGCACAAGACCAGUUCAUCCCUCUAUGCCAGUCUUGGGACUACCAGGAUUGGGACGAGUUCGAUUACGAUAAGAUCAAAAAGCUUGAAUUUCGAGAAAUCGACAUGGCUCGGAGGAAGGCAGGGAGAGAAGCAACAAGCAAAAAGUGCCUCGAGUGCCCAGAUUUCCUGAAGCAUUAUUCCAUGGCACACGAGUGGCUUAUCAAGGAAAACAUCGUCCAGCUGCGACAGCUCAUGUCCGAUCAGAACUUACAACUCCUGCCUGACUACGAGCAGCGAAUUUCCGUGCUUAAAGAUCUAGGCUUCAUCGACGAAGACUCCCGAGUAGAACUUAAGGGCAAAGUAGCCUGCGAGAUCCACUCCGCCGACGAACUCGUCCUCACGGAGCUCAUCCUCGAGAACGUCCUUGCAGAAUACGAGCCCGAAGAAAUUGUCGCGCUCCUCUCCGCCUUCGUCUUCCAAGAGAAAACCGACGUGGAACCCACACUAACUGCUAGCCUAGAACGUGGCGUCGCCAAAAUCGUCGAGAUAUCCGAGAAGGUAAAUCAUCUGCAGACGCUGCACCAGGUGAUAUUGUCUGCCGACGACAGCAACGACUUCGUCAGCAAGCCGCGCUUCGGUAUGGUCGAGGUCGUGUACGAGUGGGCGCGCGGCAUGUCGUUCAACCGCAUUACGGAUCUGACGGAUGUCAUGGAGGGCACAAUUGUGCGUGUCAUCACGCGGCUGGACGAAACGUGUCGGGAAGUCAAAAACGCGGCGAGGAUUAUCGGGGAUCCCACACUGUUCCAGAAGAUGGGGACGUGUCAGGAGCUGAUCAAACGGGACAUCUGUAACUGCGCGAGCUUGUACCUGUAG